AUGGGCUCGCAUGCGGGCAGCCUGGGGCUGCUUGGCGCGCUGCCGUUGGACCUGCUGGAGCCCAUUCUGUCGCAUCUCCAACACCGCGUGCGCGACCUGGCAGCAUGCGCGCUCGUCUGCCGUCUCUUCCACGAGAUCGCAACGCCUCUUCUCUACGAGCGGCUCUUUCUGCGCGACCAGACGCGGCUUAAGCUCGUAUUCGCCUGCCUCGGCAGUCGCCCGCAGCUGUGCCGGCUCGUCAAGGUGGUCGAGUUGCGUGUGUUUCCAUUUGGCCUCGACGCGGAGCGACUCGAGCGGCUGGAGAUCGACAUCGAGACUACAUUCAAGCAUGCGGUCAAUCUGGAAGAGCUCGUUUGGACGAGGACGGGCAGUCUCAACGAUCGACUCAUGCCGACGCUGCUCGGCUCGUCGCCAAAGCUGCGCAGGCUGGAGCUGGCAGGUGACGCCCGGCUGUGGACCACGCAGGCGCUGGUCAAGCAUAUCCCUCUCAGCAUCGAAAGUCUCAGCUUCAUGCUGCCCGAGAAGUCGACGCUGCGUGGGCUCGUUGAUGUCGCCGCAAAACUGAUCCAGGGCAUCUCGAACGGCAGCUCGAGCACACUCGCCUCGGACCUGGCCGGUCUCAGCGUCAGAGACGACGACCAUGGACGGCCAACAGGCUUGCGCAGUUUGAGUAUACUGUGCCAGCAUUCGCCGCACUUGACCGACGCGCUGCUCAUGGCGAUAGCUCCGCACCUCCGAUAUCUGCGGCGGCUGUCACUAGCGGGAUGCAGGGCGGUGACGGGGCGGGGGAUAGAGGCGGUUCUGCGCAGCGCAGCGCAAGGCGGCGAAGGCGUCCGGGAUCUGGCUAUGGAAGGCCUCAAUAUCCAGGCGCAAGACGUGAGCCUUCUGCAUCCGUACGCCUCGUCGCUGCGUCUGCUAUCGCUCACGUACCCGCGCUCCGCGUCCUCGUCUGGCUCGCGAUCGCUGUCGGCGGCAUCGCUGCACGAGUUCUACGCCGAUUUCGCCACGCUCGUCGAGAAAGCCGACGGUCUGCGAGAGCUGACCCACUAUGCCGGAUCCGGCUCUCGUCCCGCCAUGGACGGUGGUCACGAGGGCGACGACGGGCUGGUGGAUCUGGAUGAGCUCGACGACGACGAUUCCGACUACGACGACGAUGGCGAAUAUGUGCAUGCCACACGGCCGGACCGUGUCGAGGGGUCGAGCUCCGCGGGAAUGCGCACGUCGAGCGACUGGAUCCGUCGAUUCUCGGGACCGCCUCCCGAAGGCAGUGUUCGAUACGGCGCGCCCAAAAAUACCGCCCCGCCGAGCAAUCUGCCGUUGCUCCCGACAUGGUUCCUCACCAGGCUCGUAGGCAGUCGAGGCGGCCAGCUCAUCAAGCUGCGUCUGCAUGGCAUCGGCAUCUCGCUCGACCAGCUCGGGGUGAUUGCGCAGCACUGCCGCAACGUCGAGGAUCUGGUGGUUCAGAUUUGGGAAGACGAUCUGCCUCGGCUUGCGGCGUUGCUGUGCCAGCUUCCGCGUCUCGAGACGCUGCAUGUGCUGGCGUCGGCGUCGUCGGAAACGAGCCUGGGCGAGAGCGAGAUCCAGUGGAUCGCGCAGGUGUGCACCGAUGCCAAUCGGGAGCGCCGAACUCAGCACGUCGGCAAUCCUGCCGAUAAGCAGGGGGCGUCGGGAAACGGACUGCGCCAGAUUGGCUUCCGCAACCGAGUGUGGCUCGUCGAGCGAUGCUUCGGAACAGCCGGACGGGACGAGCCCGACCAAACGAGCUCGCAGUCAGCACACGCAACAACACAGCCUGUGAGUCCAACUGCGGUCGAGUCGGCACGGGCUGUCGACAUGCACACGCCCAUGCGAGUCACGCUCAAGCGGUGGGACCCUGCAGCAGGCACUUUUCCCGAGGUGCUGCUGGUCGUCAAGUCUUGA